GUUUAUAUUUGUAAAGAUACGGCUGAGGAAGUGAGAAUAUAUGGCAAUAUGUUUUUAAAUUACAAUAUUUCAUACUAAAUAUAAAAUUGAAACGUUCUGCAAAAAGGUAUAAUAAGAAUAUCACUUCUAUAAACAGACUGUCAUAUAAUAAAUUUUAAAUUUUUAACAUAUGGUCCAACAGUUACAAUCUGUACAUAAAUGAUUAAUGCCUUAUACAAAAGAAAUUUCGUAAGUAUUCUCUUAUUGUUGAAUUAAAUACAGUAUUUAAUAUGAACAAAUAUGAUGAUGAUUUCAUUCAAAUUAGGGAACAUUUCUUUAAAUAUUACAUUUUAUGUUCUCCAUACUCUGAAUAUUCUUUUGUGACUAACUCUUAAAUUCUGCUUCUAUAGGCAUCCAGUACAGAGUAUUUAUCUGUUACGAAUUACCAUGCAAGACAUCUUAUUCUUGUAUUCUCAUAUUCUUAUUAGAUUGCUUUGAGGAAGCAGUUGUUAUGAAUUUUAACAUUUUGUAUUAAUCAACUACCAGUGGCUGAAACUAUAAAACUGCCAAACAUCAGUCGCAGGUUUAUACCUCACCAAUGGGAUGGCCAUGUGAAGUUUUCCAGAAUUUCUUCACAUGUGCAACAUUAAAUAGGAAGCAUUUUCCAGAGAAAGUACUGGGAGUCACUUCAUGCCAAAAUGUUGCAUUGCUUUAUAUCAUCAAUCCAAUUGUGUCUUAAAUGAAAAUUUAAAAACUUAAAUAAUAAAUUUAUUCUUUAUAUAGUUAACAGAAAAAAAAAAUUGCUUUAUUAUUUAUAGUAUUAUGAGAUACAGUUAAACAUUCUAAUUUAUUAUAGGAAAAAUGAUGGUGCAGUUGUCUGAAUUUGUAACACAACUAGAAAACUGGAAAAAUGGAAAAGCGAUGAUACUUUAUAGCCAAGGAAAUACUUUCUGUUCCGGAGCAGAUUUAACAACAGUUAAAAAUAUUACGGAUCCAGAAGGAGCGGCACGCAUGUCACAUUUAAUGCAUAACACAUUGUACAGACUAUCCACGCUUCCAUUAAUAACCGUCGCUUUAAUACAAGGCAAAGCAUUAGGAGGUGGAGCGGAGUUAUCUUUAGCUUGUGAUUUUCGCCUGUUAGCUCCUAGUGCAAGCAUACAAUUUGUCCAGUUAAAAAUGGGAACGAUAACCGGUUUCGGAGGUGCAACGCGGCUGGUCGGCUUACUGGGACAAACCGCGGCAUUAAAAGUGCUGCUGUCUUCCCAAAAAUUAGAUGCAGCCGAAGCUUUGAAGUUUAAGCUGGCGGACGAAGUAUUAAGUGAAAAUGAAGAUCUGUUAGAGCAGACUAAACGUUGGUUAGAUCCAUACUUGCACGGUGCAUCCGAAGUUAUUCGGGCCAUGAAAAAAGCCGUGGCCCAUGCGGCUUGGAGUAAUUCCGAAGAUUCCUUUUCAAAUGAAAGGAGGUUAUUUUCAACGGUUUGGGGUGGUCCAGCAAAUCUCGAAGCUCUGAAAAAGAAUAUUAAACAUUGAUAAAUAUGUAAUUAAUUUUAAAUUGUAAACAAAAAAAAUGUAAUACUGUAUGAACAUUGCAAAUUUCAGUUAGAAAAUAUAAAUCAUUUGCUAAAAAUUGUCUAGGUAAUUUCUAUAAUCUAUUAUGAUAAAUUAAUUACUGUGCGAAUUUAUAACAACCAAAAAAAUGGCGUAUAAUUGUUUUUGUCGCAGGCUGCCGCGUCAAUCGCUAGGCCAUCAAAUGUAAUACACAGCAUGAAUAAUUAGUUGUAAGAAGUAAAUAAGCGUUAUCGUGACAAAGCAAAAUACUGAAAAUUUUUAAAUAAAUCAUACGUUACUGCAUUCUUUUCGUGUUUAAAAUUUUUGUGCGUGUUAGUAAGAAUUUUGUAAUUUGAUAUUGGCUUUGCAGACGUACAGUAUUUAAUAUUUUUAUCUGUAUUUUGUUUCAUUUUCGUGUUUAAACAUUCAUUUCAAAAUACGUUAAUAUUCGGUAUUAUUUUUUUAUAAUCAAUACAACAACGUUUUCUCUCUCAUUAACAGUUGAGACACACAAAUUGCUCAACAUAUUUUAUUAAUUUAUGAUUGUAACCAGGAACGGGGUACAUGCCCCUUUUUCUAAACCCAAUGAGGGCCCCCAGAAGAGAAUUCAUACCUAUUCUGUAAAUAUAAAAGAAACCCGUGCAACUAUUUUUAUGUAGCUAUUUGUUCGUCUUGAGUCGACCAAAACCAUAUUCCUUAUUUUCGAGGCCACCUCCGAGUGCGACCAUCACCAUUUUGUGGGAAACGCUGAUCCGGUGUUGAAUGAUAGAAGCUUCUUGCAUAGUGUAAGAUGCCCGUUUUAUAAUCUAUGGCGCCGAUGGUUGUAAAAAUAGCAACCUUCACUCUCGCUGUUUUGUAGUAUUCAAUAUGGCGGCACUCAGUUUACCAGUCCA